AUGGUUGCCACCUGACAUGUCUGAGUUGAGGGUUGUUCUGCUGGGGAACUCAUGGUCUGAGAGGAGUUCAGUGGGGAACUUCAUAAUGAGAGAGACUGUGUUCAACACUGGAAAAGAAGCAGACCAAUGUGAGCAAGUCAGGAGACAAAUAAAGGAGAAAGACAUAGUUCUUAUCAACACUCCAGAUCUGCUGCAUCCCACCAUCUCUGCAGACAAACUGACAGAACAUCUGACAGACUGUGUGAGACUCUCUGAUCCUGGACCUCAUGUGUUCCUGUUGGUUCUCCAGCCUGAUGACUUCACAGAGGAAUAUAAACAGAGAUUCUGUAGAGUUCUUAAACGCUUCAGAGAUCAGUCAUUUGAGCAUUCACUGAUACUGAUAUCAACACCCAGAGAGCAGGGCUCAAGUAGUGUUAAAAUACAUUUGCAAAAUCAACCCUUAAAAGAGAUGAUCAGAGAAUGUAGAUACAGAUAUUUGGAGCUGGCAAACCUUGAACUUCCAGAGCUGUUGACCCGUUUCAGUCAAAUUGUGAAAGAACACAAUGGAGAGCAUGUCAUCUGUGAAGGGUUCAUGGAUGCCCCUGAUGAUAUACAAAGAAUACCAAAAAAGGAAACAAUGUCCAGAAUCGUGGAUGCUGUUAGAUCUUCUGCUCUUUUUACAGGUAUUUUUAGCUGGGCUAACAGGGUGACACCCCCUCCCUCAGGGGAAAUCAGAAUUCUGCUGCUGGGGAUAAAGGACGACAAAACAACAAAACUUGGAGACUUUAUCACCGGAAAAGAACAACACAGCUCAACCAUUAAAGCAAAGCUUUCCUCAGCCAAACAAAUGGUGCAGAGUGGAGAAUGGAGAGGAAAGCCUCUAACAGUUGUGAAAACUCCAGAUGUUUUCAGUGUUUCUUUGGAGAAGCGGAGAGAAGAGAUGAAGAAGGCUGUGAGUCUCUGUCCUCCUGGACCAAAUGUUGUGCUGCUGUUAGUGAAACCUUCUGAUUUCACUGAAGAGAACAGACAAACACUGAAGUUCAUCCUGAGUUUGUUUGGUCAAGAUGCUUUCAAACACUCAGUGGUCAUCAGCACACAUAAGGAGGAUAAAACAGAUGUCUCUUUUAGAAGACUCAUUAAAGACUGUGGAGAACACUACAGUAUGGCUGACAACAACCGUGAUGGAGAGGUGAGCGGACAUUGGGUUUCCCUGGUGGAGCUUCCUGCCCUGUAUGGAAAACCUCAGGAGGAGGUGAUGAAGGAAUCAUUCAGGUGUGUCUCUCUCAGUGAUCCUGAGGGCGUCCAUGCCUUCAUCCUGGUUCUACCUGUGGGUCCACUCACUGAUGAAGACAAAGGAGAGUUGGAGACCAUGAAGAACACAUUUGGGAGUCGAUUCAAUGACAUCACUGUGUUGCUGUUCACUGUUGAGUCAGAUCCCUCAGCUCCAGCUGUUGUUAACUUUCUAAAAGAAACCAAGUCCAUCCAGGAGCUUCUUCAGAGCUGUGGAGGAAGAUUUUGGUUCUAA